UCACAAAACUCCCAAUAGACUGUGCGCUGCACAGCAUAGAAAAUUCAACUAGGAUAUUUAGGAUAUUUAAUGUCUAGUGCACAUUUCAACGUCAUCUUUCAACUUUUCUUCCGUAUUGAGAAAUAUUGCAUCCCUUUUGACAACAAGACCAAAAGCUCUAUCAAUUAAUUUCUCCAUCCAUUGAAGAUGACCAGCAGACUCGAGGAAACAGAGCAGAAAUGGACUUGCGAAUACUGCACUUAUGAGAAUUGGCCCUCUUCUUUAAAAUGCACCAUGUGCAGGGGCGCCAAGCCUCUUCUGGGCGAAGAUAUUUAUCGUCUUCGAGAUCCUAGCCCUCAAAGAGGUUCCUCCAACGUUGCUUCCGGUCCUGUAUCUCAGAUAAGCCCUACGGACAAUUUUACCUCGCAAAAUUACAGCCAGAAUCUGCCUUCGGCAGGAAAGUGGGCCUGCAGCAUGUGCACUUAUCUUAAUUAUCAGAAUACAACGCGGUGUAUACAGUGCAGCAACCGGAAGCCGAUCAAUCAGUCUGUCAAUUCAUUAGCAUCGAAUCUACAUGAACAUUUAGCACCAUUACGAUUGGCCGAUGGACCACCAAACUCGGGAUCGAAUUCCCAAUUGAAUCCCUCGCCGAUUAAUCUCCACCCGGAAAGAUUGUACAAUAUGCAUCCAGAAAAAUGGUCCUGUCAUGUAUGUACUUAUGAGAACUGGCCCAAAGCGACUAAAUGUGUUAUGUGUGGUCAUCCAAAGGAGAAGGAUAGAAGGGAUAAGGGAACACAAGGAAAUGUAGGGGUGAUUUUACCGAGUCCUGAGAGGGAACAUACUCAACGAGGCUUGCCAUCACCCCCACAUGCACCAUAUAUUCAUCAGACGCAAAGAGAGGAUAAUUUAGCGAUAGGAAGGAGAGGUCCACAUAGGUAUGCAGAAAGUCGAAAUGAUAGUUUAUCGACUCCUCAAUCUCCAAAUAACUGUGAUUAUGAGCGUCGAUUGAAGCAGUUAAGACGCCAUACUGAUUGGUGUUGGCUAAACGCUUGUCUCGGUAUUGUUGAGGGUGACAAUACUCCUGUUGAAGCUUACCUGGCAAGCGGCGGCGAUCCUGCCCGCCAAUUAACGCAUUCUGAGGUCUUGCUCCUCAAUAGAAGCAGCGCGUUUGACGUUGGGCACACUUUAGUGCACUUGGCUAUUAGGUUUCAAAGAGAAGAUAUUUUAGCAACAUUGCUGUCACAAAUUGAAGGUUCGGGUUCCGGGGUGAAAAGAGUACCAAGUUACGUCGCACCUGAUCUCGCGGUACAGAUUCGCCGACAUGUCACCAACAGUAUACGCUUACGCAAGGGCUCGUUCCCCUGUUAUUUCGUUACCGAUAUGGCUACCUUCGCAUUGCCAGCUGAGGUUGAGGAUCUGCCGAGUAUUGUACAAGAGCAAAUGCUAGAGGAAUUGUUAGAUAAGGAAGCUCAGCAACAAUUGGAAGGCGGUGGUGGCGAACCGCCAGCUCUAAAUUGGUCUUUAGAAAUUACUGAACGAUUAGGUAGUCGUUUACAUGCACUCUGGAACCGAUCGGCAGGAGAUUGUCUUCUAGAUUCUGCUAUGCAAGCUACUUGGGGUGUUUUUGACAGAGACAAUGCUCUAAGGAGAGCGCUUGCUGACACCCUACAACAAGCUGGACAAUUCUUUUAUCCUCGUUGGAGAGAGUAUGAAGCCUCACAAGCAUCUAGGAUGUUAGAUUUCACUUUAGAAGAAACACAAUGGCAAGAAGACUGGGAAAGCUUGUUAGCAACGGCCGCUCAACCCGGAAGCGCGUUAGAACAAUUGCACGUGUUUGCCCUUGCCCAUAUUUUAAGACGACCCAUUAUAGUCUACGGAGUUAAAUAUGUUAAAAGUUUUCGCGGUGAAGAUAUAGGCUAUGCAAGAUUUGAGGGCGUUUAUCUACCACUAUUAUGGGAACCCUCAUUUUGCAUCCGUUCACCAAUCGCAUUGGGUUAUACCCGUGGCCAUUUCACAGCGUUGGUUCCAAUCGAGCCGUACGCCUCGUCCAGAAUACCGCCCCUUGCGACUCAUGGGGUAGUGAGCGGGAACAAUAGUCCACUCGAGCAGCUACAGAUUCAAAUGCAGACCACCUUUAUGCCACUAAUGGAUCGCGAACAUAAGCUCCUGCCAAUACACUUUCUCACGACAGAUGAAAUCGGCCGUGAGGAAUCAAUCUAUAAAGAAUGGUUGGAUGUAUGCAGAACAGAGGGUGGAAUACUUGUAGCACAGCAGAAACUUCACAAGAGACCGUUGCUUGUUGCGCAGAUGUUGGAAGAGUGGUUGAAUCAUUAUCGUAGAUUAGCUCAAACUAACGAGGCACCCUUCUCCAGACCACCCACAUUACAGGAUUAUAGUAGCGAUGGUGAUACUGAAGAUGAGUAAUAUAGUAAUUUUAAGAGAGAAGUGUUGCGACUGACAUGAGAAGCAUCUCCAUUUCUCACAAGUUUAUUCUCGACAGAAAAUUAUAAAAUGGUUAGUAUUAUAAAACGAAAACUCUAUACAUGAAUGCCAUACUUUCAUGAGUAACUCAAUACAGAAAAGCUACUACGUCCAUAC